AUGCUCCUCCUGCUCCUGCUCCUGCUCCUGCUCCUGCUCCUGCUCCUCCUGAUCCCCCUGCUCCUCCUGCUCCUCCUCCUGCUCCUGCUCCUCCUCCUGCUGCUCCUGCUCCUGAAACUCGGGAUGGUCCAAGCCGAAACGGUUGAGCCGGUGCGGAAAGAUCUGCCCAAGUUCAACAUCCCUGUCCUCAAGAUCAUCAUUGAAGCGCAAGGACUGCACGGGCUGCGAUAUGGAGAUUAUCAACGAUACAGACAAUACUGCACGCGAAAGAUGCGCAGGCUGCGAAAAGCUCUCAACUUUCUGCAUUGGGAGCAGGGGAAGGGGAAAAGCAAAUUUAUCCAGAAGAAGAUCGAUAUAGAUAUGAUCAACGAUGCCAGAUAUCUUUUCAUUGUGCUCAACAAGGCAGAGCGAGCAUGGUCGUACGCGAUGCAGCUGCGCGAGGCGCCGGGGGGGCCGGGACGGGAAGUUCAUCACGUCAGCCGGUUGCUGGCCAAGGCAGUGAAGCACUCCGCCUACCUGGAGACUCUCUGCCGGGAGUUUGCGGACGAUCGUUCGUGCCUGGAGGCAGAGGCGUACGCCGCAUGGCUAGCAGGGAGCAUGCUCCUGGAGAGGGAGGAGUGGGAGCAGGCGCUCGUGAAGCUGAACCGCUCCCGGACCGUCUACGACGAGCUGAGCCACUCAGCGGAGGGGGUCGAGCAAGCGAUGUACAGGAAGAGGGUGGAGGAGAUCGAGCCUUCGGUCCGUUACUGUCGUUACAACGUGUCAAGAGAGGGGGGGUCGAGCAACCUGGAGGAGCAGAGUCAAGUGCUGAUGGAGAUCGGGAAGUCGGGAGGCGAUAUGCUCAAGGGUAAGCUGGAGAAGAGCCUGGCGGAGGCGAGGAAGAAGCAAGCGGCGGCAGCUCAUAUCCUGCACUGGAUGGGGAAGGAGAUUUCUGUGGACAACCCAGCUAUCCACCAGCACAUCCUCUCAGCAGAAGGGUCGCAGUUCGAGCUGGAGCAGGCGGAGAGUACAGAAGGAAAGCUGGCGAUCUACGACAAGAUCUUCAUGGCUCUCGAGGACGCGAAGCAGCUCAUCAGGGAUGAUAUCUCCAACAACCUCAAGAGGGGGAAGGACUGCGACGACGCCCUCACCGCCUCCCUCCAGCAGGUCAGGAACAUGGUCCAGAGCAUCGUCCUCCUCCGGACGAGGGAGCGAGAUCUCCUGCUGGUCUCCCAGCUGCAGGAGAAGCUCCAGACCGAGUUCUUCGCAAACAUCGCCGGGGGGAAGGAGGUGCCCAAGAAAGCGACCCGCCCCGAGGACCUCGUGAAGCUCUUCGAAGUCUUGAUGCAGGGUACUAGCGAGUACGGCGCCAUCCCUGGCAUUGCUGAGGACGCGGGGCAGUCAAAGUGCGUUGCUGCCCGCACACUGCUCUACAAGGCGGGAAGGAUCUUGUACCUGGGCUUGUCCUACUCCUCGCAGAAGCAGUUUGUCGAGGCCUUCGCUCUCUUCGAGCGUGCGACGCAGCUUGUCAAGGUGGCGCGGACUCGCUUCGAGGAGAGCGGCUGCGCGGACCCGGUCGACAAGGACUGGCUGGACCGCGUGCAGCUGCUGGGGACUCAGCACAAGCUGGAGGCGCACGCGAGCUGGGUAGCGAGCAAGGGGAGUGUGAACCCGACUAGGGAGAUUUCAGGGGAGAACAUGAAGAAGAUUUCCGCCAUGCCACUCACUGCUCGUCUCAACGACUACGAGGCUGCCGUGUAUGGUGACAGCGGGAAAGCGCCCAAGAUUGUAGAAUUUCCUCCUCCUAUCGAGGCAGUUGCGUGCAAACCUGUGCUGUUUGACCUCGCGCUCAACAAGAUCGAGUUCCCGGAUCUCACGGAGAGGUGCAAGAAGAAAGCAGGAGGCAUCAUGAGCUGGUUCAGUCGCAAGUGAGAGGUCGCUGGUUGUCUUGUAACUGUUGGUCUUGUAUCUUCAAUGAAACUUCAAACUUUGC